CCUGUCCGUCUGACCAUCUGUCCACAGUACCACGCAGAGUCCAUUCUGAAUAUCCGGGAGGCGACGGAGACCCUGACCUCUGACCCUCUGUACUACCGGCCCGUGGCCAUCGCUCUGGACACCAAGGGGCCAGAGAUCAGGACAGGACUGGUCAGAGGGGAGGUGAACGGGGAGGUGGAGCUGGAGCGAGGGUCCCGGGUUCGAGUGGUCACGGCUGGCUCUCUGCGGGACAGCACGGACGGCCAGCUGAUCUGGGUUGACUAUGAGAGCCUGCCUCGCGUGGUCCAGCCUGGGAGACGCAUCUACAUCGACGACGGACUGAUCUCACUCAGGGUGCUGGAGAUAGGCCCAGACUGGGUGCAGACGGAGGUGGAGAAUGGGGGUGUCCUGUGCAGCAGGAAGGGGGUGAACCUGCCAGGGGCGAAGGUCGACCUGCCCGCGGUGUCAGAGCGAGACCGGGCGGACCUGGCCUUCGGGGUGCAGCAGGGCGUCGACAUGGUCUUCGCCUCCUUUAUCCGCAAGGCGGCGGACGUGCGCGCGGUACGGGCGGCGCUGGGCGAGGCCGGACGCCACAUCAAGGUCAUCAGCAAGGUCGAGAACCAUGAGGGGGUCAAGAGGUUCGAUGAGAUUUUGGCAGAGAGCGAUGGCAUCAUGGUAGCUCGUGGGGACCUGGGCAUCGAGAUCCCGGCGGAGAAGGUCUUCAUCGCCCAGAAGAUGAUGAUCGGACACUGCAACAGAGCUGGCAAACCGGUCAUCUGCGCCACACAGAUGCUGGAGAGUAUGGUGGGGAAGCCGAGGCCGACGCGGGCGGAGGGCAGUGACGUGGCGAACGCGGUGCUGGACGGCGCGGACUGUGUCAUGCUGUCCGCCGAGACGGCCAAGGGGCAGUACCCCAUUGAGGCCGUGCGAAUGAUGCACUCGGUGUGCCGGGAGGCCGAGGCGGCAAUUUUCCACCAGCAGCUGUUUGAGGAGCUGCGGCGGCUGACCCCGCUGACCUCUGACCCCACAGAGGUCACGGCCAUCGGCGCAGUGGAGGCGUCCUUCAAGUGCUGCGCAGGAGCCAUCAUCGUCCUCACCACCUCCGGCAGGUCGGCCCAGCUGCUCUCUCGGUACCGGCCGCGGGCCCCUAUCCUGGCGGUGACCCGCAGCGCCCAGGUGGCCCGGCAAGCCCAGCUGCUCCGCGGCGUCUUCCCAGCGCUGUUCCUCCAGCCGCCGGCCGCCGUCUGGGCCGACGACCUGGACCGCAGGGUCACCUUCGCCAUGGACAUCGGCCGGGCGCGCGGCUUCUUCGGGGCGGGAGACAUGGUGAUCGUGGUGACGGGCUGGAGGCCGGGCUCCGGGUUCACCAACAUCAUGAGGGCCGUCAGCGUGCCGUGAGCACGGCCUGACACAGCGACACAGCGACACAGCGACACAGCGACACAGCCGCUCUCUGAGACCGCAACACAGCAACACUGACACAGCAACUCUCUGAGACUGCAACACAACAACACUGACACAGCAGCUCUCUGAGACCGCAACACAACAACACUGACACAGCAGCUCUCUGAGACCACAACACAGCAACACUGACACAGCAGCUCUCUGAGACCACAACACAACAACAAUGACACAGCAGCUCUCUGAGACUGCAACACAACAACACUGACACAGCAGCUCUCUGAGACCGCAACACAGCAGCACUCUGACACAGCAACACAGCAACACAGCAACACAGAGCAGCAUAACACAGCAACUCUCUGACACCCCAACACAGCAACACUGACACAGCAACACAGCGACACAGAAACUCUCUGUCACAGUAACACACUGACACAGCAACUCUCUGUCACAGUAACACACUGACACAGCAACACAGCAACUCUCUGACACAGUAACACACUGACACACCGACUGACACAAGCACACAGUAUUACAGUGUACACAAGCAGCGCUGGGAGAUGUAACCCUACAGGCCACGCCUGCUCUUGUCAGAACGCCACAAUAAAUCAGUCAAGCCUCUCCUGUGCUGGGUGUGCGGUGUGUGUGUGUGUGCCUCUCGCUGAAGCCAGCCUGACCAUGGAGAUGACCACAUCAGCGUAGAGGGACAGACAGCUGGACAGAGACAAGACAGAUGGACAUAGGGACAGGCAAACAGACAGGUCGAUUAACAGGACAGCAGUGUCUGCUGCCUCGCGCGUUGGCAUCAAUACUCACACAGCGCAAUACAUCACUCCUGUGCCCCUGUGGACAGCGGGCACAGCCAGGAGAGAGGGCUGGUCUUCACCCUGGGGGCUCCAGAGCCUCUCUGAAUGAGCCCCCUACAGCGGCGUCAUCAUAACAGCAGACACAUCCUGGGGUGAUGUCAUCACACGACAAGCACAUCCUGGGGUGAUGUCAUCAUGGCCCCUAGCAGAUCCUGCGAUGAUGAUGUCAUCAUGGCUCCUAGCACAUCCUGCGGUGACGUCAUCAUGACACUGCACUGUGACUUCAUUUCUGCUGAACAUCUGUAGAAAGACUUUUGACAUUAACGUCACAUAGUGCAUUUCUUUUUUAGAAUUUCAACCUUGUGCACUACAUGUUCCUUAUUUUAUCCUGUCUCAUAUUUUGUAAACGGACAUUUAAACUCUUAAAACCUUAGACAGCGGAGAGAGUGUCAUGAAACCACGAUAAGAUAGGAGCCCAAACAGGAGACUCUGGCGUCUUGUUGACGGAUUAGCACAUCUCUGUGUCAGCGCGCUCGUCUUUCUCGCGGGCGGGUGGCGCCGGAUGAGAGUGAUGAUGAUGAUGACGUCUGUCAAUACCUGUGGGUCUCGCGCUCGGCCUCCGCCGUGUUGUCACUCUCCAGUCGCCUCGAGCCCCGCCGCCUGGCACGAGGCCCAGGAUAGAGAUGCGGCUGCCAUGGCAACAAGGAGAUCGGAAUAUUCCUGCACACCUCAGCGGGGCGUGCGCGCGCCGGGCUGGCGGAGCCGCCAGUGAAGCCCA